AUGGCAGAAGCAAAGAGUGGAAGACCGCGGGUCUACUUUGACAUCACAAUCGGUGGGAGGAAGCAGGGUCGUAUCGUCUUCGAGCUUUACAACGAUGUCGUACCGAAAACGGCAGAGAACUUCCGUGCUCUCUGCACAGGUGAGAAAGGCAUGGGAAAGCAAGGCAAACCUCUACACUACAAAGGGUCGAUCUUUCACAGAGUCAUCAAGGCGUUCAUGAUCCAGGGCGGCGAUUUUACGAGGUUCAAUGGCACUGGAGGCGAGUCCAUCUACGGCGAGAAGUUCGAGGACGAGAAUUUCGAUCUGAAGCAUGACCGCCCUUUCCUUCUAUCCAUGGCUAACUCCGGGCCUGGUACCAAUGGAUCGCAAUUCUUCAUCACGACUGUUCCCACUCCUCACCUCGACGGCAAGCACGUCGUGUUCGGUGAAGUCAUCAACGGUAAGAACAUUGUGCGCACCAUUGAAAAUCUUCAGUUGCAGGCGGACAAGCCAGUUGGUGGCGAUGUGGUGAUAGCCGAAUGUGGUCAGCUCGAAGGUGAGGCCUAUGCUACAGCCACUCAGAAGGUGACAGAUCCGACCGGCGACCCCUAUGAGGACUACCCAACCGACCAGGGUGAAGGGUUGACGGGAGAGCAAUACUACAAAAUUGCGCUGGACCUCAAAGAAUUUGGCAACAAGGCAUUUAAGGCUGGAGAUGUCGAGACAGGAAUUGAAAAGUACCAGAAGGCGCUCAGAUACCUAAAUGAAUAUCCAGCAGCCAACGACAGUGACCCCAAGGAUCUGCAGAGCAACUUGGACUCCCUGCGGUUCACCCUGCUCAGUAACUCUGCACUUCUCGCCAACAAAGCCAAGCGGUAUGAAGAGGCUCAGAACUGGGCCGGCUAUGCCAUCGAUUCUAUUCCAAAAGACACCAAGGACACCGACAAGGCCAAAGUGUACUUCCGCCGCGCUCAAGCUAGGGUGGCACUGAAGGACCUGGAGGAAGCGCUCAAGGACUACGAGCACGCCGCAAAGUUGGCCCCGGAGGACGCGGCGAUCAAGACCGAGCUGGCCAGGACGAAGAAGACUCUGGCCGACAGCAUCAAGAAGGAGAAGGAGAGUUACAAAAAGUUCUUUACUGGCUGA